AUGUUAAUCGGCAGUAAUUUAAUAGUGAUAAUGGAGCCAAAAAAAUUGCUAUCUUCACUUCGUACACUGGACACUUCUAACCAUCCCCAAAUCCUCCGCCGCGCAAAAAUCGUAUCCCUUCUCCAAAAUCCUCCGCCGUCGUACACUUCUAGCAGCUUCUCUCCGCCCGCCGCCGUACACUUCUACCAGCUGCUAUCCGCCGCUUCUCUUCUCCGCUGGUCCUCCGCAAUUCACCUAAAAUUGCCCCAAUCCAAACCUCCAAACCAUCCCGGCAUCCCCCGAUUCGUCCGCUCUGCCUCUGCGUGUGUUUCGGUCUUCGGUCCGGUCAAGGAGCUCGUGGUCACCGGUCGUCGACUCGCGAGGCACACACACGGCUACCGUCUAACAACAACAACAGUGAUAUAUAUUGUACCUGCAGAGUUGAGUAUGGUGAGAACGCAGAAGAAGAAAAAUAGACAGCUCUCUUCAUCUCCGCCCUUCAUCUCCGACCGCAUCUUCGAGCUCUUCCCCAGGUUGUGUCGGAGGAAAAAAGAGACAUCAAAGAUGCCCCGUUCCUUAAUUUCUGGUUUACCAACGAUCAUCUUCAGGAAGAACCAUGACACUGCCACUUUUACAAGCAGGUAUCUGGUUCAUCUUAAGUCACUGGUUGGAACCAUUUCGAGUUCCCCUUGCUCAGUAGAAAACACGACGAGUUAUUUUGGACAUGUAAACAAGCUAUAUCCUUAUUUGGAGAAAUAUGUCCCCAAUUUGUCAUGUGGAACUAACCUUGUCAAUUCGUUGUGUAUAAGAAGACCAUAUCUUUUGGGACCUCAUAGUGUGAACAUGGUAAGGGGAUAUGCUCGACAUGCAACUAUUGCACCAAUAGAGCUGAAUACAGAUGGAGACGUUAUCAGAUUUAACAUGGGGAAUCAGAGUCACGAAGGAGCACCUUCAAAGAAAGCGAGAGUAGACAAAAGAAAAUCCGAAUUGUCGAGAAAGGCAAAGCUCAAUGAACUUAGGUUUUAUCGACUGAAAGCGAAGAAGAAAAUGAAUUCUCCCAAUCCUGAUGUUAGAAUACGAUACAAGCUUGAAAAGGCAAAGAGAAAAGAAGCAUGGUUGAUCGAGAAACUGAGGAAAUAUGAGCUGCCCAAAGCACCACCCGAGACCUACGAUCCCGAAAUAUUGACUGAGGAGGAAAAGUUUUACCUCAAGCGUACAGGCGAAAGAAAGAAACACUAUGUUCCAGUCGGUAGACGAGGUGUAUUUGGAGGUGUUGUUCUUAAUAUGCAUCUACAUUGGAAGAAUCAUGAGACGGUGAAAGUCGUCUGCAGACCAUGCAAGCCCGGGCAAGUGCAUCAGUACGCAGAGGAACUUGCUAGGUUAAGCAAAGGCAUCGUCAUCGACAUAAAGCCAAAUAAUGUGAUAAUAUUCUACAGGGGUAAAAAUUAUGUCCAACCGGAUGUCAUAUCGCCCACAAAUACUCUGUCCAAAGCAAAGGCUCUGGAGAAAUAUAGACAUGAGCAGUCAUUGGAGCAUACAAGCCAGUUCAUUGAGAAGUUGGAGAAUGAACUGGAAGAAUAUCAUGACCAUCUUGCUCGGAUUCUGCAAUGGGGAGGAAGGAUUGGGGUUCGUUUAUUCUCCUCUGCAUAUCCUCACAUGUCAGGUCCCUCUAUACCAGCAACGGCCAUACCCGUCACCGGGGGCAGUAUUACAUAA